CCUUUCGCCGUGUGGAGCGAGUUUUGAUCGGCUUGUGAAAAUCUUCCUGAAUGUGCACCGAAUGUAGUAAAUCGUUGUCGCGGGACACCCGUGAUUAUUACUUUAGUGGAUUAAUGCAUCACUCGUGCUAUCUUCGUGUCCGGUUGGAGUCGUCUCGUUGAAGCUUCUCGGCUUUUCUUAGCUUAGGUUGUUAACAGAGGCGCGUUUGCGAUUAACAGUUCCCUCAGCAGAAAUCAAGGCUGAAGUAAAGUCUUCUGCUUUCCACUACCAACGUCGAGCAAGCCAAAAUGCCGUCUUGUUGUGUUGCUGGAUUUUGCUCGAAUACUCGGGAGGAUGGAUUCAGUCUUCACAAGUUUCCAAAAGACCCCAUUUAUCGUGAAAAAUGGACUGCACAGGUGCAAAGGACGAGAGCAUUGUGGGUUCCACAUGAAAGGUCUGUCUUGUGCUCUGCCCAUUUUGAGGAGUCAUGCUUUGACUCACGUCCUGCUCUGAAGGCAAGUUUGGGCUUUGAGGUCCGCUACCUGAGGGUUCUGCUCGACACGGCUGUACCGACUAUCUUCCCUCGACCUGAACACGGACAGAUUGCUUCUUGUAAAAAAGAGCCCCCACCGAGAAAAAGGUCUGGGUCCAAGGCUAUCGAGAAGCGAGAGAAGUUACGAGUUUUAGCCGAAGCACUUGGCAGUGACUCUGUUACCGCUGCUGCCUCUGAGGCAGAGGCUUCGUUCCCUGAUCAAGAUGUCAAGUCAACCACAUCAGUGAAGUCCUUCUCCUGUACACCAUCCUUGAUCAGCCUAAGUCGCGGAAAGGGUGGUGAUCAUGUGAAAAUGUGUGCAAGAACAUCAGGAGAGUACAGGGAAAAAGUUCGUGGAACAAAAAAAGAGGCGGUGCCGCAACGCCAACAACAAGCUGUGUUCAAUCUGCAGCCUCUAAUUGUCCUAUGCAGAACAGAUGUCAGUGAGUGUCUUCAUCUAGAGCGACAGGAGUCACAUCAAAGAGGAAGAAGAAGGUCAAGAGGUUCAGCAUACCAAAGAGGAGGAGGAAGAGGUCCUACACAGGAAAGAGGAAGAGCAAGAGGGAAGCAUCCAGGUUCUCGUCACUGGUGUCCAUUUGAAGAGUGAAAAUGAAGGUCAAAGUAAGGAGAGACGAGUGGCGGAGCCUCCAGAAUCAGCUUUAUUGGCCGAGUGUGUAAAAACACACGAGGAAUUUUUCUCCAGAAGUCAGUGCUACCCUGUUGCGAUAUUCAGGACAACCUGGAACAGCUCAAGUGACGGAGACCACUGUGGAGGAUCACAAACGGACGAUGAUGAUGAACAAUCGGAAGGUGAUAUGACAUGUCACGCUGCUAACAAGUGCAGGAAAUGUUCUCUGUGUAGAAAAACCUUUUCUUCUAUGAAGAAUUUCAAACAACAUGUGAAAAUACACACAGGUGAGAAGCCUUUUGCAUACUUGGUUUGUGAUAAAAGAUUCACUUAGAAGGGAAAUUUGAAAAGACACACAAGAACACACGCUGGUGAGAAAUGUUUUUCCUGCUCAGUUUGCGGUCAAAGAUUUAUUCAGAAUGAAAAUUAAAGGGCUACUGUCAUGAAAUGGAUGAUUUUUAGUAUGUUAUUAAUGAAAAAACGUCGGCCAAUGCGUUUUUUCACCACAAAACAUGAUUUUGAUGUAUACAGCUUUUUGUAACUCCCGCCAUGAAAAUCCUCUCGGGGGAUUAGUUUUC